AUGCAAAACGAAUACAAAGAAAACGACGACCACGGCUACAUCCUCUCGGAGGUGCAUGGCAGAGUGUCGCGCAUCCUCAAAUCGUCGGAAUACAAAGCGUUAUUGCAGAGCGAUAACAUAGACGACGUGAUUGUCAAGCUGCAGGGCACGACGUACAGCAAGUACCUGUCGGACAGCAUGGAGAAGAGCAAGAUGAAUCUGAUAUUAUCGCUGGACAGGGCCUUUAAACACGAGUUCAACGAGAUAUAUCGGAGGAGUGAUGGGUGCUUGAAGGUUUUGCUCACGUUUUUCCUUGAAAGCUACAAGAUAGAGUCGUUUAUAUACAGGAUGUCAAAUCCGGAGGAGCCGGAAGAGGAGCUGGGCUUCUUUGUAGAACUGAAUGCACUCAAGUUCAGCAACGAUAUGCGGGAAGUGAAGAAGUUCGUCAUCGAUGAGACCUUCCUGAGCCGCUACUUCGACAAGAUAAACGUUGAGAACAACAUUGAAAAGAACAACUUCCAGAUAAUCAAGAGAAUGCUCAUGAAAUACCACAUCGAGGAUUUCUACAGCCAAGUGAACGGUGAUAUGGGAUUCAUGAAAAGCGUGCUUGAGGUGAUGGGCAGCAUUCAAAUCAUAGAAAUAGUGCUGAACACCAUGCACACGAAUAUCACGGCCGACAACCGAAAGAAACUUUUCCCGGAUGUGAAUGAUCUUGAUACCCGGUCAAUCCACAGCUUGGCAGAAUGCAACACGAUUGAUGAUCUGAAGGCAAUUAUCGGUAAGACGGCGUACCGAGAGACACUCGUGGCAAAGGAUUUGCUGAACGGACUGCAGUUUUACGUUCUCAAAGUGUAUUACCGGUCGUUUUCGGUCUUUAACGACUUGUCGUGCGUGUACUGCUAUCUCAAAUUGAAGGAACAGGAAAUUAAAAAUAUAUGCUGGGUCGUUGAGUUCUUGGGUGGAGAUGAAAGAGAUGUGAUGGAAAACAUUUAUUGUGUAAGCUGAGACCGGCAUAUAACACGAAUACGUUGCAUUUAGAUGGUGUAAUUAAACGAUGGUACGCUC